GAAUGCUCUUCUGACAGACAGCCUCGAAUAACAGUGGACAGGACAUCAACAUCGUAAAUAAUUUAUUCUAAAGAGGGACAAUACAUAAACGGCUGACUGACAGAGAAUGGACACCAUGUGGAGGAGCCUGUCCAGAUAUAUCUGUAUCUUCUUCCUGCUGGCCCUGGCAGGCCUCUUCUUCCUGUUCAGCAACAUUAACAUUCUGGAGAAGCUCAACUGCCAAGCAGUGUCAAUGUUCUACCAGCACCAAAGCAACAUCCACUCAGCUUUGCUCCCAGAGGGCCCUUCUCCUCUGGACCACAACCAGAGCUACUGUAGCCAGGAGCCCUCACCGGAGGAGGCUCUGGAGGAGCGUGACCUCCUAGAGUCCAUCGCCUGGCCACAGCCUCAGCCCCAUUCUGUGAAUGUGUCCCUGAACCAGAGCAGUGACCCUGCACACAGCCUUUUUGUGAUCCUGCCAGCAGGGGGCAGGAGAGAGUGGCACGUGGGGAACCAGUUGGAGGCUCUGGUCCAUAUGCAUGACUUCCAGGGGCGUCCCAAGAGCUAUGGUGGAGACUUCUUGCUGGCCCGGCUGCAUUCCUCCACAUUGGGGGCAGGCGUUGCAGGACAGGUGCUGGACCACAGGAAUGGGACCUACUCUGCCAUUUUCCCGUUACUAUGGCAGGGGUCUGCACAGGUAGAGGUGACACUGGUCCAUCCUAGUGAGGCUGUUCAUGUUCUACGACGGAUACGAGAGGAACGGCCUGACCGGAUUCCCUUUCAGAGUCUGUUCCGCUCUGGAAAACUGUCCCAGACAACUGUAUGUAACCUGUGUCUGCCGACAAACCAGAAGCCGCUGUGCAAUUACACAGACCCCCACACAGGGGAGCCCUGGUACUGCUACAAGCCCAAGCAGCUGAGCUGUGACACACGGAUAAACCACGCCAGGGGACCCUAUGUGAACCAUCUGCUCGUGAACAAGGAGGCAUUGCUCUUUCAAAGUGGUGUAAAUAUCAAAGUUCCCAUUCAUCCUUCAGGGUCUGACAGUGUCAUUGUGCUGCCUGAGAAAAAAGACAAAGCAGACGUGGAGAGAAGCAGCAUGAAGACAGAGUCUACCAGGAUCACUCCUUCCGGGUAUUACUUCCAAGGGUCAUGGCGAGCUCUGGGUGGUGGUGUCAUGCGCCAGUUUAACAUCUCAUCUGCCACUCAGUGUCUGAAGGGCAAGGUGGUGUACAUGUACGGAGACUCUACUGUCAGACAGUGGUUUGAGUACCUCAACACCUUAGUACCAGACCUGAAGGAGUUCAACCUUUACAGUCCUAAGAAUGUGGGGCCCUUCAUGGCAGUGGACAGCACCCACAACAUCCUGCUGAAAUACCGUUGUCAUGGUCCUCCAAUCCGCUUCAACACUGUCAUCGCCAGUGAGAUGCGCUAUGUAGCUAAUGAGCUGGAUGGCCUAACUGGUGGGUCAAAUACUGUGGUGUUCAUCAGCAUAUGGUCCCAUUUCAGCACCUUCCCUGUGCAGGUAUACAUUCGCCGACUACGCCACAUUCGGCGGGCGGUGGUGCGGCUUCUGGACCGAGCUUCGGGGACCCUGGUGGUGUUGCGCUCGGCCAACCUCCAGGCCCUGGACCCGAAAGUGAGCCUGUACAAUAGUGACUGGUUCUCAGUGCAGCUGGACGGGGUGCUCAGGGCUAUGUUCAAGGGUCUGGAUGUUGUACUUAUAGACGCCUGGGAGAUGACCCUUGCCCACCACCUCCCCCAUGCCCUCCACCCACCUCCUAUCAUCAUCAAGAACAUGAUAGACAUUAUCCUCUCUCAAGUCUGCCCAGAGUAGGGCUAGCAGAUUAAGAAUGAUUUUAUCAUUCAACACCUACAGUAUACAAUAUUUAAAAAAAUGAUAAGAAAUACCAAAUUCUGCAUUAUGUGUUUUUACUGUUGUCACAUCACCCUUGAUAGUAUCACCGAUAUUUAAUAAGCUUACGUAUCGGCCACACGGCCUUCGUCAGAGCUUUUGUUAUGUCGGUAAAACCACCCGCUCUCUCGAACAUAAAAGUUAAAUCAGGAGAAACGACAGGGAUUAUCCAGUCGCUGUACAUUUCAAUGACCUGAAGCAUGACAUUUCUACCUUUAGAUUUUGUGGCAUAGAGAAAGUUAAGAUAUCAGACAGGGGUGAUAUUAAUAAUACUCCGAGUAAAAGAGAAUGCUUUGGGAUUUUCACCCUCCAGACAUUAUUUCCUAAAGGUCUUAAUGAUGAAAUGCUUGUUAUGUUGUGAAUUUGAACAUGAAAUAUGUGUCUCUUGUAGAUUAUUCUGACGUUUUUCGAACGAUGUACCCUAUGACUAAUGAAAACUUACUAUGUCCUCAUUGAGAUUUUACAGACUUUUACAGACCUUAUUUAUGCACUUUUGUAAUAUUUAUGAAAUGCAUAUUGUUAUAUUUGGUAGCACUUAUUUGUUUUUCCUUUGCCUCCAACCCCCUUCGAUGUGUAGAACGGAUGUGGGUGGGGCCAGGUCUACAUAAGGGUGCACAUUUUUUGUAAUCACAAAAACUCUGACGAAGGACGUGUGGCCGAUACGUAAGCUUAUUAAAUAUCAGUGAU